AUGAAUCAGAGAUCAACGCAAUGGACUAUCUCCCCUCCAUCAAUCACCCGGCAAACCACUUCCGCCUCUAUAUCGCCUCCGACGGCUGGCUCCCCGAUACCGGGCUUUCUUCGUUCUAAUGACUCGCCUUCGCAAAGCGAUGCCGCAUCCAUCGGCGGCAGGUCGACACGCAGUGUACGAAGCGCCCUCGAGGACAUCAAACAUGAGGUUAUGGUGAACCAUCUCUACCAGCAACAGUGUUCGCGCCUAUGGGUCAGCGAUGGAAGUGGAGAAAUCGAAGGGGUAGUGCUUCGAAAAUCUCGCGGCGUCUACCUUUCAUGCCCCGCGGCCCUUCGAGAUUCACACUUUGGAGAAGUUUGUGCCGAGCUCAAUGUGCAGGUUGCCAUGACGGUUAAUUCGAGAGUCAUCAAAACUUUCUUGGCUUGGGCUCCUGAUGCUACAGACGUUCCUCUUACGAACGGCCUCCGAGUCCAGAUCUUACCCACGAUUGCCCACCUGCCUCGUGCACGGAAGUAUCAAUUCGCUGCAUUCAUCGCCGCCGACUCCUUGUUGGUUGUAUGGGACGAUGACCCUUCGAAUAUAAUGAAGAGAGCGGCCUCGAUCGAGUCAGAGUUGAUGGAACUUGUGUGGCACACCGGCGAGGCGAGGGAUGAGGAGGAAGUCACCAACGAAAAGAACCGGGCUUCUAUCGCCUCUGUCGAUUCCGAAUCUGGGGAGCUACCACCCCAGGAACGUCCUACCAACUUGAUGAACACAAUACUAGUCGCAUUUACUCUAAUCAUUGUUGUCACAUUGCUUGGUUUAGCAUGUCGGUCUUUGGCAACGGAAAUCGCCGUGGAUGGCUCAUACAUCCGUCUGGCUUUUGUCUCCUUGGUCCCUGUGCAGAUAUUCUUUACUUUGUUCUUCGCUCAGGUUAUCGUCGGCUGCGUUGCACAAUGCCUUGGACCUAUACAACAAAUGCAACUCAAUUCAAAAUACUUCUCAGCAAAAUGCUCUCCUCGCCUACGUACGCAAAUCUUGCCGCAUGUGACUAUUCAGUGUCCGGUUUACAAGGAAGGACUUGCCUCCGUGAUUGCGCCGACGGUUAAGUCUAUCAAGCAAGCUAUCUCGACGUACGAGUUACAGGGGGGGACCGCAAACAUGUUCAUCAACGAUGACGGCUUGCAGCUCAUUGACGAAGAGCAACGGAAGGCACGGAUUGACUUCUACCAAGACCACAAUAUCGGCUGGACUGCUCGUCCAAAACAUGGCAGUGAAGGUUUCGUUCGCAAGGGCAAAUUCAAAAAAGCCUCCAAUAUGAACUACGGGUUGAUGCUGUCCUGCAAAGUCGAGGACAAGCUUCAAAGGUAUCACCGCAAUUCUGCCUGGACUCCGAACGACGAGUCCGAAGCUUACGAUGAAUGCCUGCGAGAGGUUCUCGAUGAGACCCCACGCGCUUGGGCUGACGGUAACAUUCGGAUCGGAGACUACAUCUUAUUGAUUGACAGCGACACCCGAGUGCCAGUAGACUGCUUAUUGGAUGCCGUGAGUGAGAUGGAACAAUCUCUGAAUGUUGGGAUCAUGCAAUUUGCAUCCGGCGUCAUGCAGGUUGUGCAUACCUUCUUCGAGAAUGGCAUCACCUUCUUUACCAACCUCAUCUACACGGCCAUCGAAUACACUGUUGCUAACGGCGACGUUGCACCUUUUGUGGGCCACAAUGCUAUCCUCCGUUGGAGCGCCAUCCAGCAAGUCUCAUACACGGAUGAAGACGGCUACGAGAAAUUUUGGUCCGAAUCACAUGUCAGCGAGGACUUCGAUAUGUCCUUGCGGCUUCAAUGCGACGGUUAUAUCAUCAGGCUGGCGUCCUGGGCCCAUGGAGGCUUCAAGGAGGGUGUAAGUUUGACCGUGUAUGACGAACUUGCUCGAUGGGAAAAGUACGCAUACGGUUGCAACGAGCUUCUCUUCCAUCCGAUGAGGAAGUGGAUCUACAAAGGACCCUUCACAGAACUUUUCCGACGGUUUCUCUUCUCCAAUAUACGGUUCACCUCCAAGGUCACCAUCAUCAGUUAUAUUGGCACAUACUACGCCAUUGGUGCUGCGUGGAUCAUGACACUAGCCAACUACUUUGCCAUCGGCUGGUUCAAUGGCUACUUGGACAAAUACUACAUUGACAGUUGGAAAGUGUGGUUCAGCAUCGUGAUUGUCUUCAACGGCCUAGGGAAUAUCGCUCUUGCCGUUAUGCGGUACCGCAUCGGCCAGAAACCAUUCAUACCAGCUUUGCUGGAGAACUUCAAAUGGAUCAUCAUGCUCUCCAUCUUCCUUGGGGGGCUUUCGCUCCACGUCUCCCAGGCUCUGCUGGCGCACAUGUUCGAGGUCGACAUGACAUGGGGCGCCACCUCCAAAGAAGCGGAGUUUUCAAAUUUCUUCAUCGAGGUCCCCAAAGUGGUGAGAAAGUUCAAAUUCAGCAUUGCCUUUGCGCUCAUCGGAAUCGUCGGCAUGGCCAUCUUGGCCACGAAUCCAGGGGGGUACAUUCCGUUUGACUGGGUGAUCGACGAUUUCAUUGCCAUUUUGCCCAUGAGUACGGUUACCGCGAGCCAUCUCCUGUUGCCGAUUGUAUUGAAUCCAGCGUUGAUGACGUUCUCGUGGUGA